AUGAACCCAUCUGAGAGUGGUAAGCUUGACCCCAACGACCCUCAAUAUGAGUCUUCUGAAGAGUUCAAGGCCCUCAGCGAGAAAGAACAGGAGCCACUGCUCGACAACUGGCAGAGACAGUAUGACGAUGAAGAAAGUGCAAGUGUGGCUGGUCCACUAGAUCUCACGCUGGGCGUUGAGAUCGAAUGCGUUUUGCUCCAGAACAAGCUUAUCGACAGCCGAUUGCCAUUGAAUGAACAAGAAAUCUGGUUGGGCCAAGAGGUCAUCCAUGCUGCUCUUUGCAAGCCCAUGAAAAUUGUCUGCGGUAAGUGUUGUGAUGUUCACGAAUGGCAACUGCCUUUAAACGAAGUGGGAGGCGAGUGGCUUGAGGGCGGAUGUGAACCAAAUUAUGACAAUUGGACUGUAGGUACGGACCUCUUGCAUGUGAAGACACUGCUCGACAAAGCUUUCAUUCCUGACUUUGACAAGUUCAACGAAUAUGGUUUGGAAGUUCGCAGCCGAAUCCUCCACGUCGCGGGCCACAACAUCAAAGCAGAUCAACGAAGCGACUGCCAAUAUCGACCAGAAAUCUCCUACCAAGAUGAGAUCAGAGCAGUCUACGAGCGCCUACACGAAGAAUUUCUCAACCCUAACCUCUCAGCAGAAGAAAAAGCAUGGCGCCUUUUCAGCAACCACUCCUGUGGCCUCCACGUCCACAUCGGAAACGGAGGACCACACCGAAGACUCCCUCUCCGAGUCGUCAAAAACAUCCUCAACCUCCACCUCGCCAACGAACGCCAAAUCGACAACCUACAUUCCAGCACCCGAAUCGACGGCAGCGCCCUCCUUACAGGCGGCCCCCACCAACCAAAUGACCAAGAAGUCAAAAACUGCCCGGAAUCCUCCCAUUUCAUCAAAAUGGCCGACAGGGCCAAAAUCGGACUCCCAACAUCUAUCGAUCCAGAUCAACUCCGCUACCCAGCAAACCAGUUCUCUCGCAAUCGAUCUAUCGAACAAGAUGCAAGAUCAAUGAACAUCCCAGCCUGGAAUCGUAUAAUCGCAAGUGCUAAAACUUUGAAUGAUUUGCAUGAUAUCCAUUGGGACGCCAUGAAAUGGUGCGUGGUGAAUAUCAGUCAUACGCAGCGACCAGUCGCUGGGGAGAAGAAGCAGCCGAAGCAAACGAUUGAGUUUCGUCAAGCUGUAGGGACGUUGGACUACACGGAGACGUUGGCGUGGAUUGAUGUUUUGGUGAAAUUGGUCAAGUAUGCUGACAGUAAAUCUCCGCAGAAUGUCCUCGAGAUCUGCGAGAAUAUUUGGAUGUCCCCGAUGUGGUCAACGCUGGAUUUUCUGGAUAUGUUGGGUCUGAAGAAGAAAGACGAAACGUUCAAACACUACAAACAUGUCCUCGGCUUGAGGAGCCGGGCAGCGCAGUACGGUGAUUUUGACCACUUUGCCGCAGAAAGUUUUGCCAAAGAAUUGCGCUUGGCGGAGACUUUUGGUCGAGAAGACUUUUUCUACGAGAUCAUGAAAUUUUUCGCGGCAAUGAAGUUUGGGGAGAAGCGUCCGGACACAGUGAAUCAGAGAAUUCACGAGAAGUUCAUGACGGGAGGGUAUGGACAGUUCGAGAAGACUUUCUUGAGAAACUUUGCGCACGAUGAGGAUUGGUACUAUGAUGGAGUGCCGAAGAAUGUUUUGCAGGGUCGUCUCCUGGUGGGAUGGAAGUUGCAUGAUCCGAUUCCGGACGAUCCACUGGCAGAUCCUGAAGAUGAUGAGGAUGAAUAG